CUCUCCCUCCGCCUCUGCUCUCUCUCCAUCCCUCUCUCUCUUUGCUCUCUCUUUUCCCUCUCUCUUUGCUCUCAGCCUUAUGCCUGGGUACAGAAAACCCACCGCCAUUGUUAGCAUCCGAUUGGGUCAUAAUGGCGGCUCGGAGGUGUUUGACAAAGAAGACACUCUACUUCUAGCCAUACCUCACAAGCUCUCAUCCCAAUCCUUGUAGCUUUGGGGUUUCUUCCCAUUUCAGCUGGGAUUGAAUUCGAUUCCCACGCUGAUCCAUUUGACCCCUUUGAGCAUUUUCGCUGAUGUUGUUGAUCUUGGAGCUAUGGGGGUUGUGAUGGUGGAGGAUGUUAUAAUUUUUCUGCAAAGUAGGCCAGCUCUGCAUGCUUUUGGAGACUGCUCUGUUUCUUCUAUGGCCUUGUGUUGUUGUGGCUUUCAUUGCUUUAUGGUAUGAAUCAUUUGGAGCUCUUGGUUGUUUUGCUUUUGGUGAAAAGACCAAAGACAUAAUCACCGCCAAUUUUGGGCAAAGCUUGCAAAGAUUGCUAAUCGGAAUCACAAUUGCAAUGGCAAUGUCAGUGGAAAUCGGAGGAGGGACGUUAUCAGAGAUAUAUCAGAGCGCCAAGAAGCUGUUGCUAAGAACAAGAGAUGGCCUUGAGAAGCUGGAGAGAUUGGAGAAUGCAGGCGGCAUCGACUCCCCGGACCUCUCCACGUCUGUCAAAAGAGACAUUUCUCAGAUCCAGUCCCUCUGCUCCGAGAUGGACCGCCUCUGGCGAUCUGUUGGCGCCAAAUCUCAACGCGAUCUCUGGAAAAGAAAAGUAGAACAAAUAGUGGAAGAGGCUCAGUCUUUGAAAGAAAGUCUGGAUAAGUAUAAUUUGAGGAAUCAGAAGAGGGCCCAAGAAGCCAGAGAGAGAGCAGAGUUGCUUGGAAGAGCUAAUGGGGAGGGUGCUCAUGUUUUGAGAAUCUUCGAUGAUGAGGCACAAGCAAGGGCGUCAGUUCAUAGUUCUUCUCACAUGCUUGAAGAAGCCAGUGCUACUGGGGAAAGUAUUCUCAGGAAAUAUGCAGAACAAAGGGAUUGGCUAAAGAGAGCACAACGAAAAGGACUGGAUGUCCUGAACACAGUGGGUCUCUCUAACUCUGUAUUGAAGCUCAUUGAGAGGCGGAACCGUGUUGAUCAGUCGAUCAAGUAUGCAGGCAUGGUUCUGACAGUUGUCAUUGUUGUGUAUCUCAUAUGGAGGUGGAGGUGAUGAUCUAUGCUUGACAGCCUAUUUUGUUUCUAUUGUAUUUUGGUCUCCCUUUUGAACGAGGCUGACGAGCUUGUACAAGGGCAUCUUUUAGAAGACGAACUUGUGUAAAUAUGAAUUUUACGCCCAGUGGUGGUAUAUCUUUUAUUUCGUUAUUUUGUUUUGACAUGGAUGGUUUAAAUCUUGAGUCUGAGGCAGCUGUUUGUUAGGACAAGCUAUUAUGUAAUUUGUGGACCCGCAGUCGCAUAUGUUAAAAGUCACUUGUCUCUCUCAACAGCAUACACCACUGUAUAUAUGGUUGUUCGGUUGAAGAUGAAGUUGAAAUAUA